CAUUCCCGCCCAACCGACCGCGCGAGCUGCCAGUGCGCGAACCCCGCGAGGGUCCAGGAUGGCGGCCGUCAGGGUGACGCUGCCGCAGCUGGGCGCCCUGUUGGCUCUGGCGUGCGGGCUGGCAGGGCGGAUCGCGGCCCUGGAGUUCGGAGGCGCGGCGGGGCAGUGGGCUCGCUACGCGCGGUGGGGGGAGGCGGGCUCCCAGGGCGAGUUGAGCUUCAGCCUGAGGACCAACGCUUCCCGGGCGCUCCUGGCGUACCUGGACGACGGCGGUUACUGCGACUUCCUCGAGCUGAUGAUCGUCGAGGGGAGGCUGCGCCUGCGCUUCACCAUCUUCUGUGUGGAGCCCGCCAGUUUCCGCACCGAGACCCGCGUGGACGACAACCGCUGGCACAUGGUGCUGCUCACGCGCAACUACCGGGAGACCACGCUGGCGGUGGACUCGGAGGUGAAGACGGCCGCGGUGCGCUCCAAGCGCCGGGACAUGACAGUGGCCAGCGACCUGUUCGUGGGUGGGAUCCCGCCGGACGUGCGCCUGUCCAGCCUCACCUCCAGCACCGUCAAGUACGAGGUGCCCUUCCGAGGCCUCAUCGCCAACCUCAAGGUGGGCGGCACGCCCCCGGCGCUGCUGGGAAGCCAGGGGCUGCAGAACGACCCGGAAUUUCUGUGCUCUGGGCACAAUCCGUGCCUGAACGGAGGCGUCUGCUCCGUGCUGAACGGGAAGGCGGUGUGCGACUGCUCGGAGACCGGCUACCAGGGGCGUCUGUGCGAUGAAGAAGACCACUCGAUUGAAGGUCCUGCUCACCUGAUGCUAAACAGCCAAGCGAAAGAAGAGUCCGUAGCCACCUUCAAGGGCACCGAGUUUUUCUGCUACGACCUCUCACACAACCCCAUCCAGAGCAGCAGUGACGAGAUCACGCUGUCGUUCCGGACGCUGCAGCGUAACGGGCUCAUCCUGCACACAGGCAAGUCAGCAGACUAUGUCAACCUGGCACUAAAGAACGGGGCUGUCUCGCUCGUCAUCAACCUGGGCUCCGGCGCGUUUGAGGCCUUGGUGGAACCCGUCAACGGCAAGUUCAACGACAACGGCUGGCACGACGUCCGCGUCACUCGCAAUCUCCGUCAGCACUCUGGCAUUGGACACGCAAUGGUGACCAUCUCGGUGGAUGGGAUCUUGACAACCACAGGUUACACACAGGAGGACUACACCAUGUUGGGUUCUGAUGACUUCUUCUACAUCGGCGGGAGCCCGAGUACAGCCGAUCUCCCCGGCUCACCCGUCAGCAACAACUUCAUGGGAUGCCUGAAGGACGUCGUUUACAAGAACAAUGACUUUAAGCUGGAGCUCUCACGUCUGGCGAAGGAGGGUGACUCCAAGAUGAAAGUGCACGGGGACCUGGUGUUCCGCUGUGAGAAUGUAGCCGCCCUGGACCCAGUAACCUUUGAGGCCCCCGAAGCAUACAUUGCCCUCCCCAAGUGGAACACCAAGAAGACAGGCUCAGUCUCCUUCGAUUUCUGUACCACGGAACCCAAUGGCCUGCUCCUGUUCAGUCACGGCAAGCCCCAGCACCAGAAGGAGGCGCGGGCCGAACGGCUGCAGAAGGUGGACUACUUUGCAAUGGAGUUGCUGGAUGGGUUUCUCUUCCUGCUCCUGGACAUGGGCUCAGGUGCGAUCAAGAUCCGGGCCACCAACAAGAAGGUGAACGAUGGGGAGUGGUGUCAUGUGGACUUCCAGAGAGACGGCCGUUCAGGCUCGAUAUCUGUGAACAGCCGCCACUUCCCGUUUGUGGCUAAUGGUGAGAGUGAGAUCCUGGACCUGGACAGCGACAUGUACCUGGGGGGUCUCCCGGACAACAAGCUGGACCUGUUGCUGCCCCCUGAGCUCUGGACGGCCUUCCUGCGGUACGGCUAUGUGGGCUGCGUGCGGGACCUCUUCAUCGACGGUCAGAGCCGGGAUGUCCGCCGUUUGGCCGAGCUCCAGAAUGCUGGGGGGGUCAGCGGUUUCUGCAGCCGCGAGACCCUCAAACAAUGCAGCACCAGCCCGUGCCGAAAUGGGGGUCAGUGCCGUGAGGGCUGGAACCGUUACAUCUGUGACUGCACUGGGACCGGCUACUUCGGCAGGAACUGUGAGACAGAAGCGACAGUGCUUAGCUACGAUGGAAGCAUGUACAUGAAGGUGAUAAUGCCAACUGUCAUGCACACAGAGGCAGAAGAUAUCUCCUUACGCUUCAUGUCUCAACGGGCUUAUGGGUUGCUCAUGGCAACUACCUCCAAAGUCUCGGCUGACACCCUCAGGCUGGAGCUGGAUGGAGGACGAGUGAAGCUUACUGUGAACUUAGACUGUGUGAAGACUAACUGUAACCCCAGUAAAGGGCCGGAAAUGCUGUUUGCUGGGCAGAAGAUGAAUGACAAUGAGUGGCACACGGUGCGGGUGCUCCGAAGAGGGAAAGGCCUGCAACUGUCUGUGGACAACAUCACUGUGGAAGGGCAGAUGGCCGGUGACCAUACGCGGCUGGAGUUCCACAACAUUGAGACGGGAAUCAUGACAGAGAAGCGGUUUAUCGCUGUGGUACCCUCCAACUUCAUCGGGCACUUGCAGAGCCUGUGUUUCAAUGGGAUGGAUUACCUGGACCUCUGCAAGAAUGGCGACAUCAGCUACUGUGAGCUCAACGCCUUCUUCGGCAUGCGGGACAUCAUCGCUGAUCCAGUCACAUUCAAAACCAAGUCCAGCUACCUUGCUCUGGCCACCCUCCAGGCCUACACCUCCAUGCACCUCUUCCUGCAGUUCAAGACCACCACCAUUGAUGGCCUCAUCCUCUACAACAGCGGGGAUGGUAACGACUUCAUUGUCCUGGAGCUCGUCAAAGGGUACUUGCACUAUGUGUUCGACCUGGGCAAUGGGCCGUCACUGAUGAAGGGCAACUCGGAGAAGCCUCUCAACGAUAACCAGUGGCACAAUGUGAUGGUGUCCAGGGACCCCAACAAUGUCCACUCCCUCAAGAUUGACUCCAGAACGGUCACCCAGCAUUCGAACGGUGCUCGGAACCUAGAUCUCAAAGGUGAGCUCUACGUUGGCGGUCUCAGCAAGGGCAUGUUCAACAACCUCCCCAAACUGGUGGCGUCACGUGAGGGCUUUCAGGGCUGCCUGGCAUCGAUCGACCUGAACGGGCGGCUGCCGGACCUGAUGGCGGAUGCUUUGCACCGUGUCGGCCUGAUCGAGCGAGGAUGCGGAGGUCCCAGCACCACGUGCCAGGAGGACUCCUGUGCCAACCAGGGCACCUGCAUCCAGCAGUGGGAUGGCUACACGUGUGACUGCACCAUGACGUCGUUCGGGGGGACUAUCUGCAACUACCCUGGAACCACGUACAUCUUUGGGCGGGGCGGUGCCGCCAUCACGUACACGUGGCCCCCGAACGACCGACCGAGCACUCGGGCCGACCGCCUGGCCGUGGGCUUCAGCACGCAGCAGAAAGAUGCCAUUUUGGUGCGGGUGGACAGCGCCUCUGGCCUGGGUGACUACCUACAGCUGCAGAUCGAACAAGGGAAGAUUCAGGUGAUCUUUAACGUGGGGACAGACGACAUUGUGAUCGAGGAGGCGAAUGUGGUUGUGAAUGACGGCAAGUACCACGUGGUGCGUUUCACGAGGAGUGGCGGCAACGCCACUCUGCAGGUGGACAACUGGCCCAUCAACGAACGAUACCCAGUGGGCAACUUUGAUAAUGAACGACUGGCGAUUGCUAGACAGCGAAUUCCUUAUCGGCUCGGCCGUGUAGUAGAUGAGUGGCUACUUGAGAAAGGUCGCCAGCUGACCAUCUUCAACAGCCAGGCUUCCAUCCAGAUCGGGGGCAAGGCGCAAGGCCGCCCCUUCCAGGGGCAGGUGGCUGGCCUCUACUACAAUGGCCUGAAAGUGCUGACCCUCGCCGCCGAGAGCGACCCCAAUGUCAAGGUCGAGGGCAACCUGCGGCUGGUGGGGGAGGUGCCCUCGGUGAUGACCACCGAGACCACGGCCACCACGCUCCUGGCAGACAUGUCCACCACCAUCAUGGAGACCACCACUACCAUGGCGACCACCACUACACGACGAGGGAGGUCUCCCACCAUGAAUGACAGGAUAACCCAGAACACUGACGAUAUCCUGGUAGCUUCUGCGGAGUGCCCGAGCGAUGACGAAGACCUGGAGGAGUGCGAGCCCAGCACGGGGGGAGAGCUCAUCCUGCCCAUCCUCACGGAGGACGCGCUCGAAAUCCCUUCGACGGUGUCCCGCUCCCCGUUCCCGGUGGCACCGGCGCCGACUUACCGGCCGUUCGUCCGCCUGCUGGAGUCCACCGAAGGCUCGCCGAGCCUGGGCUCCAAGAUGGCGCCGCCUCCACCUCCUCCUCGUCGUCCUCCUCCUUCAUCCUCCCAGUGCCCGGAUGAUUGCGUCACCACCACCACCGACGACGACGACGAUGAAGAAGAAGAAGGAAAACAAAAUGGCGGCGCCGACGACGCGGCGCCAUCUUCUUCUUCAUCGUCAUCCUCUUCGGGCUACGGCUCGGGCGAGAUCUUCGACUCCAGCUUCCCGCCGAGCGACGACGAGGAUUUUUACGGCGCCCCGUCUCACCCGCUGGUCACCGACCGCACCUCGUCCUGGGGAGACCGGGGACUCUCCAAAUCGAGGACGGGCGCGGAAGACGGCGGCCGCGCUUCCCCCAGGCCGCCUCCCCCCGACAUCACCCUGUUGGUCACCGACAGCGUUCGCAAACUGCCCGCCGCUAAGCUCGAUCCCCGGCCCCCGCUCCCUCCGCAGCCGACGGUUGUGAUGACGGGCGGCGGCGGCGGCGGGGAGAGGAGGACUCGGGCCCGCCAUCACCCGCCUCCUUCCUCCUCGGUACUAACCUCUCGCCCCGUGCCCACUGCAGGAGUGGAGCCGCCGACGACGGGAGGAGGAGGAGGAGCGGCGGCGGCGGGCGGGAGGCCGGGCCAGGUCGAGGUGGUGGUCCGGGAGUCGGGCAGUACCACGGGCAUGGUGGUGGGCAUCGUGGCGGCGGCGGCCCUCUGCAUCCUCAUCCUGCUCUACGCCAUGUACAAGUACCGCAACCGCGACGAGGCGUCCUACCGGGUCGAGCAGAGCCGCCACUACAUCGGCGGCGGCAUGGGCGGCGGAGGAGCCUCGGCCCACAGUAACGGAGCCGCCCUCAAGGACAAGGCGCUGGCGGCCGCCGCCUCCUCCACCACCGGCUCCUCGGUCAUUGCUAACAACAUCACCUCGUCCUCGUCCACCUCCUCGGGGACGGGGACUGUCACUGCCAAGGCCAUGAGCAAGGGCAAGAAAAACAAGGACAAGGAGUACUAUGUGUGAGAGGGAGAGGAG